GAAUUAAAAAGACUGUGGAUAAUAAUUAGGCGGGUUUAAGUUUUUAAGACUCUGGGACAAUAAAGAAGGCUUUGACACAGCAUUUUGGUCUUACCUUAAUAUUGGGACAUACAAUUGGCCCUGGUUUGUACUAAAAUUUAACUUUUAAUGCGGAAUUUGACGUGUCAUAGCAACGACGUUAGUUAAAUGGCUAACUUGGUUAUAUCUAUGCUGGAGCUUGAGGAGGCCAGUUCAUGUGAUAGGCUAAACUAUUAGUGUUCACCUCUGUAGUUCACCUCUUCGUCCAGACGGUGUUGCUAAACUCCCGCUUUUGUUUACCAGUCUCGUUUCCUUUAUAUAGCUGAGCUUCUCUAGCUGGUAGAUGUGUUGCGAAAUCGACUCUCAGACGGGCUUCCGUCGUUCAUUUAAAAAGAACCGACUAUUUCGUGACCAUAGACCGACACAUCAGUAACUUCAGUCCGAGAUGGACGAGCCGGACACCGCAGCGAUCCUCCCCGGCGAUGUGCUCGAAGCCACAUCAGCCGACGAUGAAACCUCAUGUAGCCACAAAGAAGAGGAGGCAGAUGUACCGACAACCCGCUCCGGACGACCACCGUUCACGUGCCCUCUGCCGGUUUCUGUGGAGCCGGUGUUGUUCCUCUCCAUGUUUUCUCUGGCCCUGCAGGCGCCUCUGUCCACACAGUAUCUGUGGGACCGCAUCAGCGAGGACCUCGGCUACAACGGAUCCAAGAGGUCGGAGUGCAGCAACACCUCCGCUCCCCCUGACCCUCUGCAGAAGGAGGUGGAAACCUUGACAGCCCACUGGAACCUGUACAUCAGUCUUGGGGGCUUUUCUGUAGGCCUCCUGGUGGUGCCUCUCCUGGGCUCGUGGAGUGAUCUCGCUGGUCGCAGACCUAUCCUUAUCCUCCCCAACCUGGGCCUGGCCCUCCAAGCAGUGGUUUAUCUAGUGGUGAUGUACCUGAAGCUCCCUGUGGGCUGCUUUCUGGUGGGCAGGCUGCUUAGUGGCCUUUCGGGUGAUUUCAACGCCAUCCUAGCAGGCUGCUUUUCAUAUGUGGCUGAUACCAGCGACAGAAGGUCCCGCACCUUCAGGGUGGCGGUCUUGGAGGCUUGUCUGGGCCUCUCGGGGAUGCUAGCCAGCAUCAUCGGAGGGCAGUGGCGGCGGGCACAAGGGUACAUCAACCCAUUCUGGCUGGUCCUGGCCACUAACUUGGCUGGGGCUCUGUACGCUUACCUGUUUGUCCGUGAGUCUGUCCUGCCAGACCCAAGCGCUAGGUUCCUCACCUCUCGCCACCAUAAAGCCGUCUGGCACCUCUUCUCAACAGGAGGCGGUACCAGUGAGGCGGGCGGAAGAUUUCACAGAUGCAAGCUGUGGCUUUACAUGCUCUGUUUUUUUGUGGUAGUGACCGUACACUUCGGCAGCAGGGAGCUGUAUGUGCUGUAUGAGCUGAGCUCACCGCUGUGCUGGGGGCCAGCCCUCAUUGGCUACGGAUCAGCAGCUCAGCACCUGGCCUACCUUACCAGUCUGCUGGGGCUGAAGAUCAUGCAGCGCUGCCUGAAUGACUCCUGGGUGGCUCUUCUGGGUCUGGUCUCCAAUGUCACUGGGCUGGUGGUCUUCUCUAUAGCUGACACCACCCAGCUCAUGUUCACAGGUUAUGGCCUGUGCUUCCUCUUCAUGACUGCGACGCCUGUUCUCAGAUCAAAGCUGUCCAAGUUGGUGGACCCAUCUGAACAAGGUGCCCUGUUUGCGUCUGUCGCCUGUGUGGAGAGCUUGUGUUUUCUGGUGGGCAGUGGCCUCUUCAACUCCCUUUACCCAGCAACACUACACUUCAUGAAGGGCUUCCCAUUCCUUUUUGCUGCCAUCCUCCUUUUCAUCCCUGUUGGAAUCAUUGGGACGCUGCAGUGUUUAGACCAGAGGAGAGACCAAAGGGACUCCACAGCAUAGUGAUAUCCUGAGUUAAAGUUCAUCCUGGUGUCAGUCUACGAGGUGAGCAGCUCUGACACAGAGACAUCCGUCAUGUCCAUCUGUGAUGCUGGGAGAGACUUUUGAUCUUAUACCAGUGACGGGGCAGCUGACUGUAGUUAUCAAGCUCAGCGAUGGGAUUCUUUCAACUAGUCAUACCAAAAUGAUCAAAACCAAAGGAGGAAGAAUCAAUCUCCUGGAUGACACUACUGUCUUAAUAGUUAGAUAGUGGAGACUGGGGCUUUGUCAGAUCUUUGCUGGCCCUAAAAACAAACCACAGUCUUCCGAUAUUCCAUCAUGACAUUCAUACAAAUGGUAGAAUGAAGGAGACUCGGGACAUGCUUUCAUUUUGUGACUUGAUACGUAUUCAGCACAGCUUAAUGAGUGCCAAUUAAUGUGCCUUACUUUUCCAUUUUUAAUGUAUUAAUUAAUUGCAAUAGCUCUAAUGGCAAACUACAGAUUAAGGUGCUAACCAUGAGAGGAUAUGCACAAACUCCUCAGUUGUUAAAAAAAAAAAACACAUGGGUGCAAUGUCAUUUAUUAAUAGCAACAUAUCAAUCACCUGACACAGGUGUUACUAAUUACAAAAGUAAUAAAUAAGUGAGACACCCUUGAAACACUUAGUGGCAAAACACUCUCAUUGUCGCACAUAAAUAUUAUUUUUCAAGCCAACAGUCAAUGACCCCGUUCAUAAUAACGACGAAAGUUUGAAUGUUUGUUUGUUUGUUUUUCAUCUGAGUCAAUUUAUUAACUAUGCAGCUUGCUAACAUUUAUCAUGGUAGAUCUUCUGAUAUUUGUUUCACAAAGUACAUAUCAUCCAACAGCAAAAACUAUAAUGACGUGUAUAAAGAUAACCUGAGGAAAAGGGAUCGCUGAAGAGCUUCAUUAUGACAACGAUUAUAUGAAACCUUCUUUGCUAGCCUGCUGUUCGUCAGUUGUCACAGAAUGUAUAUAACUUUUAUUUGUAUUUAUUAAAGGUUUUGUUUGAUUUGUUUAGUCAAAUGUUGCCGCUCCUCAUUAAUGUACAAGAUAAAGUCAAGCCACUGAGAAUAGUAAUUUCUUACAGUUUUUCUAAGUUGCUUUGGUAAAUUUCUCAGACCAGAAGUGAAAGUCUUAAAACUACUUGUUCAGCCGCAACAUCUUCUAGUCACUUGUGCACAUCAUAAAAGCAAUUUCUAAUUUUAAGCAAAUACUUUCGGCACAUUCGUUCAAACAAUUAUGUACAAUUGUCUGCUGUUUCAAACAUAAUCAGUUGCUAUGGGGGUGGUGAUGGCGCAUAGAUAAGAUUCUUUCCUUUGGUGUGGGAGACCUGGGUUCGAUUCCUACUGUAAGACAUCCAUCAUGUCUAUUUGACUUUGUUUUUGUAAAUGUGUCUGGAAUUAAUGAAGAUAUCCGUUCUGAUGUGGGUGGGAAUCUGUGGCAAGACAGACAGGAACUUCAGCCUACGGGCUGGUUACAUUUCUUAUUUUGUCAUACUAAAACUAAAACCGUUCAUCAGAUAAACCAUACAGUUGCUAUGUUGAUGUUUAUGGCAGUGGAGUACGUUUUAUUCCAAAAAAGGAGGCAGCAGAUAUAACCUAGUUUUAAUUUGAGAAAUGUUUUAGAUCUACAAUUGUCAUUCAUUAAGAUCAUAUACAAUGAAGGAAGGUUAUAAUUUUUCUAACUUAAAGAUAGGUGACUUUAUUGAUAAUUAACCAUUUUUAACUAAUAACCACUCUAACUAACCGUACUUGUGUCAGGUAAUUUGGUAAACACAACAUAAGGUGUCAUAUCUACGUUCACCCACCACUCCGCUAUCUAUUCACCGUUUGCACAUUUGAGUAGAUUGUCAGCUAUGUUAAUGUCUCUGCCAAAUCUGAUAGUGGACAUGGUAUCUAGAACCCUGAAGCAGUGAAGUCAUGACCUGGGAUUCAUGGAAUCAAACUAUACGGAUAGAUCAUCUGGUGCAAAUAUGUCCAAACUAUCAGUAAUCCACAUCAGAGAGAGUGAAACUGUAGCAGCAGCCACGGAUUACGAGUUACACCUUGACCCUCCCUCCCUCCUCUUUCCAUAAAGCAGGGGCACAGUCCCUUUAUAUUUAUAUUUCUUAACCAUGUUUCAAAUAAAGUGACCAAAUGAUUGAUAAUUAUACAGAGCAUAUUUACUGAAUCCUGCAAGGACAUUGGAUGAAAACAAUAUUAAGGCAAGAGGAUGAUAAAAGCCCCUCUGAACACGCAUUCAGGCUAUAAUUACAUAAUUUUAUAGAAUAUGUGAUCACAUCUUGGUGACUGCUUUGUUUGAUUUGCAAGUCUUUAAAUGUUUCAUCACAUGUUUAUUUCAGCAUCAUCAUGAUUUAUACAGGUGACGUUUAUAUUUUCACAAAUAUUGUGGUGGAUCAUAUUGUUGGAUUCCUUUUUGUUUUUAUUUGACUGCUUCAGUUAAAUGCACUGAGUGAACAAGGAUGACAUUUUAUUGCAAAGCUGACAAAUAAUCACUUAUCAGAACACUUUGGUGAAUGAAACCUCAAGUCAACAGUAUUAAAUGAUACUUUAAUGUUAUUAUACUGUGUUGUAACAGCAAGACACUAUGUAAAACUGAUGGAAUCAUUUUCAGUACUGUACGUUAAUUCAAUGUUACUUUUUAUCCACUUUUACAGAAAAGGACGUUUAAUACUACAUGGGUAUUUGUUGCUGCCUGUACACUCCUUAAAUCUGUUAUUUGCUAAGUUGGAGGGUGCAGGUAUACAGUAUGUAGCUCGUUUAUUUCUGUACAGUAUGUCAUGCAUCCAGUUUAGAUUAUGCCUUCAGUCAAUGCAUCUGCUAGGAACAGUUUCUUUUCUAUGACAACCCAAACACAAAUAUCUGUAAAAUUAGAGACCUGCUUUGCUCAUAGGAAUAUACAGUUUAGGGGUUAAACACAAGAUGACUGCAUGUAACAUUUAUAAAGACUGACAUGUUAGUAGAUACUUCAGAAACUGCUACUGAGGAUUUUGCUGGGUGAUCAGCUGAUCUAUCACAGUUAUUUUCCUGAGAGACAGAAGGCGUUUACUGCACCUGAUUACACAUAUACAGCAGUGUGAGGGUACUGUCAUUAAAGGCUUACAGUUUAUUAUAUA